AGAGAACGGAGUUUACGAGUGAAAAUAUCUAAAUUUCAAAACACUGACCUAUUUAAAAAAGACGCCAGUUUCAAACUUAUAUACGCCGGAUUGCCAAUGUCAAAAACUCCUGUCCUACCCAGCGUACCAGAAGAUUCAGCCUUAGAGAAAAACAUUGUGUUAAUCAUUGCAACGCCCCUUUGUGUCACGUGUUUGUGUGUAUUUAUUGCGGGACUGCUACUUUACAAAAGAAGGAAACGAACACAGUUUGGCACGAAUAGAUUGGAAAGAUGGAAUCAGCAUAGAGAAUUAAAAAGACAACCGUCAAUACAAUAUGACAGAUGGGAAAUUAAACAUUCAAGACUAUUAUUUGGUGAAAUACUGGGCCGUGGAGCAUUUGGACAAGUCUCCAAGGGCGUUAUACAUGGCAGAGUAUUGCAACAUCAGGAUGCCACAAGUAACAACCCUGUUACAAGAACGAUGUCAUCGAACCUAACAGUUGCGAUCAAAAUGCUACAUGGUUGGUAUAUCGCCGUAAUCUUUGGUAAAUGA